CAGCAGCAGCCUCCGCCCCCGGCACGGUGUGCACGCCCGCGGUCAGGGCGGCCAGAGCCCGGACCGAGUCCCGAGCUGGUCCCGAGCGAGCCCCGGCGGCCGCCGCCUCCCAGACCGGACGACAGGCGACCGGACGACAGGCGACCUCCGCGUCCACCCGAGUCCCGCCUCGCCGCCGCCGUCCCCGCGCACGGCCGCCCGACUCGGUCCCGCCUGAUUGCGGAGACCCCGAGCCGGCGCUUGGGGGCAACGAUGCGACCCUCCGGGACGGCGGGAGCAGCGCUCCUGGUCCUGCUGGCCGCGCACUUCCCGGCGAGUCCGGCGCUGGAGGAGAAGAAAGUUUGCCAAGGCACCAGUAACCGGCUCACCCAGCUGGGCACUUUUGAAGACCACUUCCUGAGCCUUCAGAGGAUGUUCAAUAACUGUGAGGUGGUCCUUGGGAAUCUGGAAAUUACCUACAUGCAAAAGAAUUAUGACCUUUCCUUCUUAAAGACCAUCCAGGAGGUUGCCGGCUAUGUCCUCAUUGCCCUGAACACCGUGGAGAAGAUUCCCUUGGAAAACCUGCAGAUCAUCCGAGGAAACGUGCUCUAUGAAAACAUGCACGCCUUGUCCGUCUUAUCCAACUAUGGCGCGAACAAAACCGGGCUGCAGGAGCUUCCCCUGAGAAACUUACACGAAAUCCUCCAAGGCGCCGUGCGCUUCAGCAACAACCCUGUCCUCUGCAACGUGGACAGCAUCAAGUGGCAGGACAUCGUGGGCGACAGUUUUGUAAGCAACAUGUCGAUGGACUUCCAGAACCAUGCGGGCAAUUGCCAAAAGUGUGAUCCAAGCUGUCCCAAUGGAAGUUGUUGGGGUCCGGGAAAGGAGAACUGCCAGAAAUUGACCAAAAUCAUCUGUGCCCAGCAGUGUUCGGGGCGCUGCCGCGGCAGGUCCCCCAGCGACUGCUGUCACAACCAGUGUGCCGCCGGCUGCACGGGGCCCCGCGAGAGCGACUGUCUGGUGUGCCGCAAGUUCCGCGACGAAACCACGUGCAAGGACACCUGCCCGCCGCUCAUGCUCUACAACCCGACCACCUACCAGAUGGACGUCAACCCAGAGGGAAAAUACAGCUUUGGUGCCACCUGCGUGAAGAAGUGCCCCCGUAACUACGUGGUGACUGACCACGGCUCUUGUGUCCGUGCCUGCAGCUCCGACAGCUACGAGGUAGAGGAAGAUGGAGUCCGCAAGUGUAAGAAGUGUGAGGGGCCUUGCCGCAAAGUGUGUAAUGGAAUAGGCAUUGGCGAAUUUAAAGACACACUUUCCAUAAAUGCUACAAAUAUUAAACACUUCAAAAAUUGCACGUCGAUCAGUGGAGAUCUUCAUAUCCUGCCUGUAGCGUUUAGAGGUGACUCCUUCACGCGUACUCUGCCUCUCGAUCCAAAGGAACUGGACAUUCUAAAAACUGUAAAGGAAAUAACAGGGUUUCUGCUGAUUCAGGCCUGGCCCGAAAACAGGACUGACCUCCAUGCUUUCGAGAACCUAGAAAUCAUACGUGGAAGAACAAAGCAACAUGGUCAGUUUUCUCUUGCGGUCGUCGGCCUGGACAUAACAUCCUUGGGCUUACGCUCCCUCAAGGAGAUCAGUGAUGGGGAUGUGAUCAUCUCGGGAAACAAAAAAUUGUGCUAUGCAAAUACAAUAAACUGGAAAAAACUAUUUGGGACUUCAAGUCAGAAAACCAAAAUUAUAAACAACAAAGAUGAAAAAGGCUGCAAGGCCAUGGGCCACGUCUGCCAUCCUUUGUGCUCAUCAGAGGGCUGCUGGGGCCCAGAGCCGAAAGACUGUGUGUCCUGCAGAAACGUCAGCCGGGGCAAGGAAUGUGUGGAGAAGUGCAAUGUUCUGGAGGGGGAGCCAAGGGAGUUUGUGGAGAACUCCGAGUGCAUACAGUGCCACCCGGAAUGCCUGCCCCAGCCCAUGAAUGUAACCUGCACAGGACGGGGACCAGACAGCUGCGUCAAGUGUGCGCACUACAUCGACGGCCCGCACUGCGUCAAGACCUGUCCGGCUGGCAUCAUGGGAGAGAACAACACCCUGGUCUGGAAGUUUGCAGACGCCAAUCGCGUGUGCCACCUGUGUCAUUCCAACUGUACCUAUGGCUGUGACGGGCCAGGUCUUGAAGGCUGUACGAUAGAAAGGCCCCAGAUCCCAUCUAUUGCCAUCGGGAUUGUGGGCGGCCUCUUCUUGGUGGUGAUGGUGGCCCUCGGGGUGGGCCUCUUUUUGCGCCGGCGCCAUAUUGUCCGGAAGCGUACCCUUCGUAGACUGCUGCAAGAAAGAGAGCUUGUUGAGCCUCUUACGCCCAGCGGAGAAGCUCCCAACCAAGCUCUCUUGAGGAUCUUAAAGGAAACAGAAUUCAAAAAGAUCAAGGUGCUGGGCUCUGGAGCAUUUGGCACAGUGUACAAGGGACUCUGGAUCCCAGAAGGUGAGAAAGUUAAAAUUCCCGUGGCCAUCAAGGAAUUAAGAGAAGCCACAUCUCCGAAAGCCAACAAGGAAAUUCUUGAUGAAGCCUACGUGAUGGCCAGUGUGGACAAUCCGCAUGUCUGCCGCCUCCUGGGCAUCUGCCUCACCUCCACGGUCCAGCUGAUCACACAGCUCAUGCCCUUUGGCUGCCUCCUGGACUACGUCCGCGAGCACAAGGACAACAUCGGCUCCCAGUACCUGCUCAACUGGUGUGUGCAGAUUGCAAAGGGCAUGAACUACCUGGAGGACCGGCGCUUGGUGCACCGCGACCUGGCAGCCAGAAAUGUCCUGGUGAAGACACCACAGCACGUCAAGAUCACAGAUUUUGGGCUGGCCAAGCUGCUUGGUGCCGAGGAGAAAGAAUACCAUGCGGAAGGAGGCAAGGUGCCUAUCAAGUGGAUGGCUUUGGAAUCAAUUUUACACCGAAUUUAUACCCACCAAAGUGAUGUGUGGAGCUACGGGGUCACUGUUUGGGAGUUGAUGACCUUUGGGUCCAAGCCGUAUGACGGAAUCCCCGCCAGCGAGAUCUCCACCAUCCUGGAGAAAGGAGAGCGCCUCCCGCAGCCGCCCAUAUGCACCAUCGAUGUCUACAUGAUCAUGGUCAAGUGCUGGAUGAUAGAUGCAGACAGUCGCCCCAAAUUCCGUGAGCUGAUCAUUGAAUUCUCCAAAAUGGCCCGAGACCCCCAGCGCUACCUUGUCAUCCAGGGAGAUGAGAGAAUGCACUUGCCGAGCCCUACAGACUCCAAUUUUUACCGCGCACUGAUGGACGAAGAGGACAUGGAGGAUGUGGUGGAUGCCGAUGAGUACCUCAUCCCCCAGCAGGGCUUCUUCCACAGCCCCUCCACGUCCCGGACCCCCCUCCUGAGCUCUCUGAGCGCCACCAGCAACAACUCCACCGUGGCUUGCAUUGACAGAAAUGGGAGCUGUCCUCUCAAAGAAGACAGCUUCCUGCAGCGGUAUAGCUCAGACCCCACUGGCACCUUGACUGAGGACAACAUAGAUGACACUUUCCUCCCAGCACCCGAAUACAUAAACCAGUCCGUCCCCAAGAGGCCGGCGGGUUCCGUGCAGAAUCCUGUCUAUCACAAUCAGCCUCUCAACCCAGCUCCAGGCAGAGACGCUCACUACCAAAACCCCCACAGCAACGCCGUGGGCAACCCUGAGUAUCUCAACACCGUCCCUCCCGGCAUCACCAGCGCGCUCGGCGGCGCCGGCCUCUGGGCCCAGAAAGACAACCACCAGAUCAGCCUGGACAACCCCGACUACCAGCAGCACUUCUUUCCCAAGGAAGCCAAGUCCAACGGCGUCUUCAAGGGCCCUGCGGCCGAACACGCAGACUACCUGCGGGUAGCCCCGCCGAGCAGUGAGUUUAUUGGAGCAUGACCACGGAGGAUAGGGUGGCCGUAAGAGUCUCGGAUGUGUCACCCGCCCUGGGACCAAGCCACAGCAGCGACGCCCAGUGCUGACAGUCACGCCCUCGUUGACUCCUGGGCCCGUGGACUGGUUUGGCCAUAUUUGCUCCUACGGACCCAUCUUUCACCCAGGAAGUGCCCCCUCCUCGAAAGCACUUUGGGAAGUUGCUGGGAAGUUCCUUUGUCUUCAAACUGUGAGACCGCCACAAAAAGGCAUCCGGCAAGAAUAUUCUCUUUGGGCAGAAGUUUGCUUUUCAGUGAGGUAUAUUUGAUUUUAAAAAAAAAGAAAGAAAAGAAAAAAUCUGCAUAAGGAGUUGUAUUGCUUGGGGACCCUGGGGGUUUUUAAUUGUCAUUAUGGAUUUUAUUUCUCCUGGGCGUUUCCAACGAGGAAGGAGCUUUUUGCUCAAGUACUGGCUGCACUGAGUAGAUCCAGGCCCAACUGUGACCAAGAAGCAAGGGUCAGAGCCUUCCAGCUAACAUUUGAUUCCACUGACUCUAGCUCCAAGAUUCUUCCACUGCAAGACAAUUUUUAAAAAAAAACUAGAAGUACUCUGUGUCCUAAGCGGGACUGGUUGGUACUGUAGCAAAUCAUAGCACGUUCAAGAGGAUAAGCCACUUUGAACCCUUCCCGAGCGCGAAAGAAACGGAAGGGGUAGAGUUCUUCGGACUUCUUUUUAUAUAAAUGUCUUCAUGGUACUUACUCUCCAUUGGUUGACCAGCGUUUUCUAGCUAUAAGUAUUGGACUUACUUGUUUCUUUUCCAUUCCACUGUUUGGAAGCUCGGUAGGAGUUCCCUGUUGGUGAGAGGAGACGGUACAUCACACUCUAACCUGGACCAGCUCACGUUGGGUCGGUGUUCAAUCCGGUAGCCUUUAAUCGCGAUGGAACGAUAAUGCAAAAGUUCACACGAGAACGUGGCUCCCAAAUUUGAGUCUCAGAGGAAAUAUGUCAAGUCCCCUGGGGGUUGGGGAAUGAAUGGGCAUCUGUCCGGACACUGCAGAAAUGAGACGCUCCUCCUCAAACUCAUGGAGCCUCCCACCCUGCCCCCCGACUACCAAAUUAGGCUUAUGGGAGACAAUUUCCUUUUUAUUUUACUAUAGAAGUUUUUUACUCAAAGGGUACGUCCCCCCCCCCUUCUCUGGUAGGCUGUCCCCAAGGCCCCAAAAUGAAGGGAUCCAGAUUCCAGGGCCACCAAGCAGGAACUAACAGCCCUCGCCCCUGGGGGCACAUUUCACAGGGCGAAAUAAAGUUAACACUAUGCAUCGGGGGAAUUAAAGCGGUAAAUGUUAAAUCAGAGCUUGAAAUCCAUGACAAUGUCUUAACAAUAGCUACAGAUCGUUCUUUGAAAGGAAAAUUCCCUCCUAAAAGUUUCCGUAGCAUUGGAGGAUCCAGCUGAUUUAGGACCCGGAGUGCUUUUCCACCUCCUGGGUCCUUGCAGCCUGACCGACCGGUUCAUGGCAGUCCUUUGUAUGCAGGUGUUAAACCCUCUUAGUCUUUCAAGGAAAAGAUCUUUCAGACCAUAUUUCUGACUAUGAAUGUGUCCAGCCCCACACACGUACAAGAUUUCCCUUUCGCUGUUAAAGUAGUAAUUGACUCUUGGAUCAGGGCCCUACAGUUUUGUUACCAAUAUAUUGACUUUGUUCCGAUGGAAAUAUAAACUAUUUAGUUCAAUUCCGCUGUGUUUUCAGAUACUCUUAAGUACCUCUACCAGCCCAGCAUACACUCUGAAGACCUAAAAAUAAAUAAAACAUUAUCCCCGAUUCCAAGAAAUUCACAAUUCAGCAAAGGGAAUUGACUCAAACACAAACCUUAACACAGUACGACAGAGGGUAGGCAAGACGGGUCAGCCAAGCACACUCAGCACAGGGCAGGGAAGAAUGCGUCCUGCCUUGGGAGGGCCCUGGAAGGCUCAUCCAGGAGGAAACAUGACCAGGUUCUUAGCCACGAGGGAAAUGGGAGUGCGCUCCCGACAGACAAAACCUUGACCAAGAAAGCAUCUGCCAGAGAAACUGCUAAAAAAGUAGGAGAAAGGCCACCUCCCUGCAUCUUAACAAGCUGUCCCUUUAAGCCUGGGAACCUGCUUGUGGCAUUCCCCCAGCACCCCACAUGGGGGGGGGCGGGGUCCCUCCCUGGGGAUCUGAAAAUGAUUCUUGAAAAGAUUAAACAUUUCUAAGACUCUCGAAUUUUAUGUCAUUGUCAGUAAAUCACUUUUGUUACUUACUUGCCUCAGAACAUAAAUAUUUUAGCCAGAAUCUUCUUUGGCCCUGGGAAACAGACUGAUGCACAUUUUAUUACCACUUUUUCAUCAAGAAGCAAGUGACUGGUGAGGGAGAGCAACUGUAUGUCAGUCCGACUGUAGCAGUUAAAUCCUAGUAUUUUUGUAAUUUGCAAUAUUUUACUAUAACAUAAUAAAACAGCAAAAACUA